AGGUCACAAUCCUCCUGCAGGCAGUUCCCAUCAUCACCACCCUCCUUCUUCCCUGCCGCUUCAGCCUUCGUCAUUCUUUCAUUUUCAUCUUAAAGGGGACCCUUUGGAUACGGACAGCAGUUUGUAUUAUGCACUUUACUGACAUGUAGCGUUGUUUCCAGAGGAGGAGACGCUAUUUCAUCAGCCUUUUUCCAUGCCAAACUACUGAGACACUGAUCUGACGCUGAAAGCAAGGUUUCCUUGAGCUACAGAGAAGAUGUCUACCAUGGUGUAUCCGCGGGAGGAGAAGCUCGAGAAGCUUUCUCAGGAGGAGAUCAUCUCAAACACAAAGCUGGUGAUCCAGGGCCUGGAGGCCCUGAAAAAUGAGCACAACUCGAUCCUCCACAGCCUACUGGAGACCAUCAAGUGCCUAAAGAAGGAUGAAGAGGCCAACCUUGUCCACGAGAAGUCCAAUCUGCUCCGCAAGUCAGUGGAGAUGAUUGAACUGGGCCUAGGAGAAGCACAGGUGAUGAUGGCCCUGUCCAACCACCUGAAUGCCGUGGAGUCUGAGAAGCAGAAGCUGCGUGCACAGGUGAGGAGGCUCUGUCAAGAAAACCAGUGGCUGCGGGACGAGCUGGCCAACACCCAGCAGAAGCUGCAGAAGAGCGAGCAGAGCGUCGCUCAGCUGGAGGAGGAGAAGAAGCACCUGGAGUUCAUGAACCAGCUCAAAAAGUAUGACGAGGAUGUUUCACCCACUCAGGAGGAGAAGGACCGAGAAACACCCAAGGACUCCCUGGACGAUCUCUUCCCCAAUGACGAUGAGGAGCCCGGUCAGGGGAUGCCGCACCAACACAACAGUGCAGCCGUGGCUGCAGCCCAGCAGGGCGGCUAUGAGAUCCCAGCUCGCCUGAGGACCCUGCACAACCUGGUGAUCCAGUACGCCUCUCAGGGCAGAUACGAGGUGGCCGUACCCCUCUGCAAGCAGGCUUUGGAGGACCUGGAGAAAACCUCUGGACAUGACCAUCCUGAUGUGGCCACCAUGCUCAACAUCCUGGCUUUGGUCUAUAGGGAUCAGAACAAAUAUAAAGAAGCAGCCCAUCUGCUGAACGAUGCACUAUCUAUCCGUGAGAAAACCUUGGGCAAAGACCAUCCUGCUGUUGCUGCAACGCUGAACAACUUGGCUGUGCUGUAUGGAAAAAGAGGGAAGUACAAAGAGGCCGAGCCGCUGUGUAAGAGGGCCCUGGAGAUCAGAGAAAAGGUCCUGGGCAAGGACCACCCAGAUGUGGCCAAACAGCUGAACAACCUGGCUCUGCUGUGCCAGAACCAGGGCAAAUAUGAGGAGGUGGAGUACUACUACUGUCGCGCCCUGGAGAUCUACGAGUGCAGGCUGGGCCCAGACGAUCCCAACGUGGCCAAAACCAAGAACAACCUGGCUUCUUGCUUCCUCAAACAGGGAAAAUACAAGGAGGCUGAGGUUCUGUACAAAGAGAUUCUUACUCGUGCUCAUGAGAAAGAGUUUGGAUCUGUUGAUGCCGAGAACAAGCCCAUCUGGAUGCACGCAGAGGAAAGAGAGGAGAUGAGCAAGGGCAAGCACAGAGACAACACUCCAUAUGGAGAGUACGGCGGCUGGUACAAGGCCUGCAAAGUCAACAGCCCUACGGUGAACACCACCCUGAGGAACCUGGGCGCCCUGUACCGCCGGCAGGGCAAGCUAGAGGCCGCCGAGACCCUGGAGGAAUGUGCUGUGAGGUCUCGCAAGCAGGGCAUCGACCCCAUCCACCAGACGCGUGUGGUGGAGAUCCUGAAAGACACAGAUGGCGACAGGCGGAGGAGCAGGGACAGCCUGAGCAGCGUUAAGUAUGAGAGCGGCUCCGAGACCGGCGAGGAAGUGAGUAUGGGCGUGGAGUGGAACGGGGCAUAAGCCAUCAAGAUUAUUCCUCCAUCCUUCUCUCCUUCCCCCAACAAAAUAGCAAAGGGAUGUGUGUUGUCGUUCCCUCUGGCCUCCUUUGUCCCAACAAACCAACAGCUCCUCUACCAUUCCUGGUGCCCCCUGCGGCAGAGACUCAGAAAGCCCCUCCUGGUUGUCACGUCUGUCCCCUGUUCGACUGACAGCUGCUGGGACGUUUGGUCUUCUCAUCCCUUCUCUGCCACCCCCUCCCCCCUCUCUCUCUCUCUUUUCCUCUCUCCCUCCUUUCCUGUCACUAACCUGUGUCAGAAGUCAUUAUUUCAACUCUUUCUCUCACUUUACUUUAAAAGAAGUCGGUGUGUGUGUAAUCUUUCCCUGUGAGGAAGCCACUUGCACAUAUUUUCUUGCUUCAGCACCCAUUUGUAAGUUCUCAUAGGGGCAUUGUAGAUUUCUUUGCUAGUUAGAGGAGCUAGAUGAUAAUUUAUUUGAGGAAAAUUAAAUAUAAAUGCUAGUGUCGCCUUUUAACGGCAGUCUCGGCUUCAGACAUCACUAAUCAAUAGUCCCGCUGAGAGUUACAAUCACUAUAGAUCCCACAUGUUACAGUGUAAUCAUUUCUGGAGCUACUCUGCAUGCUCUAACCCACCAUUAGUUUAUUUUACUGAAGCGCUCGUGGCAUCAAGUUAAAGUCAACCUUUUAGCCUGGUGCCUGUAUCUAGUGAUUAUUUCCUUUUGUUUUAAAAAUGUUUUGUAUAUUUUUUUUUUUUAUGCUAUUAAUUGUAUUUUACGUUUUUAAACUAAUGCCUGCGAUCAACUUUGAAAAACCAGUUAAAGUGAAUGGUACUGUACAGUUUGACAUUUGGGUUGUGAGAACAGCGGAGGAAACGUUGCCUUUUUUCUUUCUUUUUCUUUCGGUCAUACAGACCCCCUAGUGGAUUUUUGUAUUAUUGUUUACAUUUUUCUAUUUCUUUCGAUCUGUGGUUGAAUAUAAAGGCAGCAGCGUGCACCGCCUGUCACGAUAGCUGAGCAUCAUAUUGGCCGAAGCUGGCGGCAAACUUGUCAGAGCAAACUAAACCGCGGUUGCCAUGGUGAUUUAUGUUUAACUUGCUCCCACCAUCGGCAGUGUCCUUGGUUUUUUUGCGGCGUUAAACAAAGGCUCUGCGCUGCCGUGGCAUCUGUACUAACCCUCGCUCGUGAAAGGGAACCGGCAACAGCGGUGGCUGCUGCAAAGCCAACGUGGCGGCAGAGACCUGCUCUAGCAUUUUACACAAAUACCAGCCACCGGAGAGAGUUAUGGAUUUAAAAAAUAUUGGACGUAAAUGCCCAGAACUGCCUUGAUCUGUUUGUGUUCGUGUAUGACUAGGAGCUAGAGUUGUAGUUUAACAGAUUUUGGGAUUUCCCAGUGGUUUCCAUGUGUUUUUGUGAAUGUUUCAGUGGUACCGUCGCGCCGCCCUCUCUGGUUAUGGAUACUGUAUGUCCAACACAAAGCUUAACAGUCUGACGCCUCUUUUCUUACACUUGCUUGCAGGUAAACAUUGUCACUUUGGUAAAUCAUGUAUUUAUUUGGACAUCACAAGUACAGUGCGAGUGUUUCCUCAUGGUCAGCGUUUUAUUUCAGGUGUUAAACUAACUGAAUAUUAAUGACUUUAACAUCUUGGAAGUGUAAUUGUUGGCUGUGUCUCUAGAUUUGACGAAGUGCAUUCACGACAGCUUUUCAGUAUGCUACUUGUCUUCAUCCUUCAUUCCUUCCAAUGAAUCCACCUAUACUUCUAAUGCAACUCUGAACUUAAAAGAAUAAAUAGAAAAAAUGACUGUCUUCAUCACAUAACUAUGGCGAUAUUGUUGUGUUAGUGGAAUGCUUAUUUAUUGAACUGUAUAUUCUCUGCGUAUAUAGCGUGACCUUUGUUCCCGUAAAUGGAAGAACAUAAAUGUUAAGGUCUUUAAGCACUAUCUUAGUGAGUAGGACUGCAUUAUAUUUACCAUGCUGCUUUGUGAAGAUUAUUGCAUCAACACUUGUUGGUAUUCUCAAAUAAAGUUUUUCAUUUGUGGA